AUGAAACAUAUUUUUUGCAUAUCAAUAUUUCUAUCAAUUAUUUUGUAUAGGUUUUUAGCAACCGGAGAUCAAAUACUAUCUAUUGCAUUAGCGUUUAGAUGUGGAGAGUCAACUGUUCGAAAAAUUAUCCAAGAAACUUGUCGAGUUCUAGCCCAAGUAUUGCAGCCAAUUUACCUUUGUUUGCUAACAGAAGAAAAAUGGAAUAAUAUUUGUACUGGUUUUCUGGAAAGCUGGAAUUUCUCCAAUUGCGCUGGAUUUUUUGACGGAAAACAUAUAGAAAUACAAGCUCCGCCAAAUUCCGGGAGUUUAUUUUUUAACUACAAAAAGACAUUCAGUAUUGUGCUAAUGGCUGCAUGUGAUCAUAAAUAUAUGUUCACACUAGUUGACAUUGGUUCAUAUGAUGGCAAUAGUGACGGUGGUAUUUUUACUUCUUUUGACAUUUAUUUAGCAUUGGAAAAUGAAUUACUGAAUCUUCCCAAAGGGACUGUAAAUCUUCCUGGAAGUAACAUUACAAUGCCUUGUUUUUUUCUUGGAGACAGUGGUUUCCCGAUCAGUACUUUGAUGCGAUCUUACUCCGGAAAAAUACUUAAUGAAAGAAAAAAAAUAUUUAAUUAUAGAUUAUCUAAAGCAAGGCGUAUUAUAGAAAACUUUGGUAUUUUAUCUUCACGAUGGAGAAUUUAUCGAAAGCCCAUUAAUAUGCAUCCGAAAUAUAUAGACAUGAUUGUCAUGGCGACUGUACGUCUACAUAAUUUUAUAAAAUGUGAGAAAGAUCUUGUGGAAGCGAAGAACAGAAUAUACUGUCCUCCACAUUUUAUAGAUUCAGAGGACUCUGAAGGUAACAUCAUCCCCGGGGAAUGGCGACAUAUACUGAAAAUGUACUGAGAGAUAUAUCUCCCACUUCAAAGCAUCACGCAAUUAUAAUUGCGUACAAACAACGAGACAAACUGGCUGAUUAUUUUCUAACACAACCCGGCAAAGUUCCGUGGCAGUAUGAUUAUGUAAGAAGAGGACAACAUCGUGAUGAUUCAUAA